AUGUCAGAAUUGAAGGAUAUCUAUGAGCUCAUCGCCAAUGCUGAACUUAAAGUACGGGAACACAACUUCGAGGAGUCGAUAAAUGUAUAUCAAGAAACGGUGAAGCUUAUAGAGGAGUUAGAGUCUAAAAACGAGGGAUUCAAGCAAAUUGAAGAUGUGAAAACCGCAAUUGAUCUACUCAAGAUCGAUAUCGAAGGUAAGAUUUCCGAGCUACAACAGUUGAAGCUGCGAGCAGCGACGCCAACUGCGAAGCCUGAUUAUGUGGCAGCUGUGGAGUUACCCAAGGCUAGUUCUGACAGUCCCCAGACGUUCGUGGAGAAAAUACUGACUUUGGUGCGGUCAAAAACAGAGCUGAAGCCCGGAGUUUCCAUCUACGACCUGGAGUCCGGAAUUGCAAGGGAGGCAGCACAAUUAUUGCAAGGCCUAUCAUGGGUUGGUCAGCAGAGAUCCAAGGAGUACGAAGCAAAAAUCGAACAGAUGUGCGCCGAAAACAAGCAGUUGACAACUCAAAUUCAUAAACUGAAAGAACGCUGGGAGAGCCUGGUGGAAAGUGCACGUCAAAAACGGAACCAACAACACGACUUAUAA